UAUGGCGGACGAUGGAGGGAAAGGAUUUUCUCCUUCAGAAACGACUAAUGGUGGUGAUAAUUCUCAAUCUGACACAUUGGUAGAGACAAAAUUAGAUCUAGAAUCUGUAUCGUUGGUUCCUGAUGUCAAACUCCGGCCUGGGGUAGCACCUAUCAAGACUCAGUAUUUAAAGAAGGUUUCAAAAAGUGCUGCAAAUAAAGUGAGUUCAGAUGAAAGUAAAGCAUCAUGCAAUGAAGCUGAGAAAAAGAGACCUGUUUGUGAAGAUGAGAGUGAUAACAACAAAGCAGGAGAACCUUCUAAAAAGAAGAAAAAACGUGGAAUGAACAAAGCCAGACCUCGGGCAGCAAAACUUGACUUUAGCCAGCAGUUGUGCACAAGUGUAGUCAAGGGAGAGUUGUGUGCAUAUGGUGAGAAUUGUAGAUAUCUGCAUGACAUUGAAAAGUAUGUGACAGAUCAUAAGCUGCCCGAUAUUGGAGAAACCUGUGUGAACUUUGAGAAAUAUGGUAAAUGUAUAUAUGGAAUAACAUGUAGGUAUGGGAAGAAACAUAUUUCCCAGAAUUAUGAAAACAUUGUAAAUGAGGCAUUGUACAAAGAGACUGCCCCUUCAAUGACAAGGACUGUUUUAAGCAAAGAGCUCACAUUUUCAUUGAGGAAAAAACAGUAUGAGUUUCCCAAAGCAGACAUGUUCCUGGCACAGCUUGCAAAAGUGAAAGCCGAAGGUAAAGAAUACAGUGAACUUGGAAGUUUGCAAAGACCAUGUCCCAAAAGUGCAGGAGCCAUCACAGACGAAGAUGUCAUCAAACUUAGACCACAAGAAAAGAAAAAGAUCAAUUUUGCAGACAAGCUGUAUUUGGCACCACUAACAACUGUUGGUAACCUGCCGUUUCGCAGGGUUUGCAAACAGUUUGGAGCAGAUAUAACUUGCAGUGAAAUGGCCAUGUGUACCAAACUACUUCAGGGCAGUAUGUCAGAAUGGGCCUUGCUGAAGCGCCAUAGCUCUGAGGACAUUUUUGGUGCACAGCUAUGUGGUUCAUUUCCUGACUCGAUGGCAAAAUGUGCUGAGCUCCUUCAGAAUGAUGUCCCUGUUGACUUUGUGGAUAUCAAUAUUGGUUGCCCCAUUGACUUAGUAUUUAAACAGGGAGCUGGAAGUGCUUUGAUGGGCCGCAUGGGAAAAUUUGAGCAGAUUGUCAGAGGAAUGAACUAUGUCAUGGAUAUACCUCUGACUGUGAAAAUGAGAACUGGCAUCAGUGAUAAGAAAACUUCAUGGAAUGCACACAAGCUCAUUUCCAAUCUUAAGACAUGGGGCGUUUCACUGGCAACUCUCCAUGGACGCUCAAGGGAACAACGAUACACAAGACUAGCUGACUGGGAGUACAUUAGUGAGUGUGCUAAGGCUGCUGCACCAAUGCCUCUCUUUGGAAAUGGAGACAUCCUUUCCUAUGAAGAUGCUGUUUUACGAAGAGAGCAAACUGGAGUAUCUGGUUUGAUGAUUGCAAGAGGGGCUCUGAUUAAACCAUGGAUAUUUACAGAGAUAAAAGAAAACAGACACUGGGACAUAUCAUCCAAUGAACGUUUUGACAUGCUGCGGGAUUUUGCCAAUUUUGGCCUGGAGCACUGGGGAUCUGAUACAAUGGGAGUUGAAAACACAAGGCGGUUUCUUCUUGAGUGGCUUUCAUUUCAAUGUCGGUAUAUUCCUACAGGUCUGCUUGAACGGCUCCCACAGCGAAUCAAUGAAAAACCUCCACCAUACUUUGGUCGAAAUGAUCUGGAAACUUUGUUGUCAAGUGGAAACUCUGCUGAUUGGGUUAAAAUAAGUGAGAUGCUCUUAGGUCCUGUCCCUUCUGGAUUCUGCUUCAUACCCAAGCACAAGUCAAACUCCUACACUGAAACCGAAGGAUAGAAUAAUAGAACUUUUACUUUCUCAAUGAAAAUCAGCUACAGUAAUUGUAGGUUUAAAGAUAGUAUCCACAAAUAUUUGAGGGGUGCUUAUCAUCUUCUUUGUCAUGCAUUAUAACUGCCUGGGGCGCCAGGAUUAAAGAUCAUAUCAAAAUGUAGAUAUCUGGUUAAAAUGUUCAGCUUUUUCAUAAAUAUUUUUGAAGAUCUGGUAGGCAUUGAUUUUCUUUUAUUGUUUUCUUGGAGGAAAAGUUAAUGAAUGGACUGAAAUGUAGUCAAUGGUAAAAAAAAAUGAAGUGAACACAUGGUGUAUGGAUGUCAUCUUCAAAACAGUCCAUUAUGGUGCUUCCAAAUCUUAAAUAUAAUGUAUGAUGUCUAUGAUUGGUGGAGUGGAAAAAAUGAUGAAAGAGCCAAAAACCUGAUAAACCCUGGACCCAUUCCAAUCAAACAGAAACCAAAAUUUUGAAGACUUACAAAAAUAUCCAGACCAAACAGUGAUUUAUUAAUGUUCUCAGCAGCUGUUCGGAUCGUUUGUAAUGUGGUUGCUUUCUAAAACUGUGAGUAAUGGUUCAUUUUUCUCCAAAAUUGUCAAAAUUAUGUGUGGUGUAUUUUAUGAGGCCAUUACUGGUCAAGGAAAUGAUUGUAGUGUUGUACUAGCUUGAAUUGUCACAGAAAGUUCCUCCAUGACUCAGCGAGUUUUGUACAAGAGCAAUAAAACUCGGUCUACGCGCAAUAAUGGGGUAUUGAGUGACUAAGACAAUAAAAAUGAUUAAUUGAAAUAA